AUGGCUGACCAACUGACUGAAGAACAGAUUGCUGAAUUCAAGGAAGCCUUUUCCCUAUUUUACAAAAGAAGUGAUGGCACCAUCACAGCAAAAGAACUUGUCACUAUCAUGAGGUCCCUGGGUCAGAACCCAACGGAAACCGAAUUGCAGGAUAUGAUCCAUGAAGUGGAUGCUGAUGGUAAUGGUGCCAUUGACUUCCCAGAAUUUUUUACUAUGAUGGCUAGAAAAAGGAAAGAUACAGAUGUUGAGGGAGAAAUCAACAGUGAAGAAGAAAUCCGCGAGGCAUUUCAAGUUUUUGACAAGGAUGGCAAUGGUUGCAUCAGUGCGGCACAAGUAUGUCAUGUUAUGACAAACUUAGGAGAAAAACUAAUAGAUGACGAAGUAGAUGAAAUCAUCAGAGAAGGAGAUAUUGAUGGAGGUGGACAAAUCAACUAUAAAGAAUUCAUACAGAUGAUGAGGACAAAAUAA